UAAGGAGAUACUGGGAGGAGUUAAAGUGACACCAACACAAGAAAAGUUCUCUCUCUCACUCUCACACACACUUCCAUGUUUUUCCUUCAAGUGUCGAAACUUGAUUGAAUUAUUCGUAAGUCGAAAAGAAAGAAUAUUUUUUAGUUAACCACGAAUUGAAAAGCUCCUGUAGGUUAAAACGCGACGCUUCGACGAAACAGAGUGGGGAAAAAAAAUGGAGACUCCUGACUGACUUUUCCUCACAGACUCUACACAUGAAAGCAGGUCCUAAUCCGGCUCGAGCGCCUCAGUGGAGCUGUUAGAGGAAGUCAUGGCGGGGUGGGAACACACGGACGUGGCUGUGUAUGAGCAGGUUGUGGUGUUGUUGUCGUGUGCUCUGUCGGUGUUGGGCUCUGUGCUGGUUAUGAGCACGUACGCGGUAUGGCCCGACCUGAGAACCACACCGAGACAGCUUCUAGUCUUCCUCUCUGUAGCUGACUUCCUCUCCGCUGUCUCCUACUCUUAUGGAGUUUAUAAGGUUUUUAACGCAAACACUUGGGACUGCGUCACGCAAGGAGCCGUUUCCACUUUCUCCAACACGAGCUCCUUCUUCUGGACUGUAGCCAUUGCUGUGUACCUGUACAUCUUCAUCGUGAAGUCCAGUCAGAGACAAGCUGACAGUUUGGUCUUGUAUUUUCAUCUCAUCAGUUGGGGUAUUCCCCUGGCCAUCACAGUAGCAGCUGUGUCCCUGCAGAAGAUCGGCUAUGAUGCAUCCGAGGUGUCCGUCGGAUGGUGCUGGAUCAGCAUCAAGGAAGACGAUCACGUGUUGUGGAUGCUACUGACUGGCAAGAUAUGGGAACUGCUUGCCUAUGUGAUACUACCUGUGCUUUACAUCCUCAUCAAGAGACACAUCCACAAAGCGCAUGCAGCCCUCUCAGAGUACCGACCCAUCUUGGCCUGUAACCAACUUUCCCGGUCAAUUCCUGCAAUGGCAGACAGAAAGCUCACCCUCAUCCCCAUCAUCUUCAUCGCACUGCGCAUAUGGAGCACUGUUCGCUUCGUGCUACUGCUCGUCGACUCUCCUGUCAGACAGAACCCUGUGCUGGUCACUUUACAUGGAAUCGGGAACACCUUUCAAGGAGCCGCCAACUGCAUCAUGUUUGUCCUGUGCACUCGGCCAGUACGUGCAAGACUAGUGGCUCGGCUCUGCUGCCGAAGACACGACACACAGGGCAACUCGGACGUGCCGUCUCAAUACACAGCUCGCACACACUCACUUUCUCACACAGACAGGCCCAGUGUCUCCCACAUGCGGGUGGAUGAAAGCGAGGAUGAGGAGUAGUCACUGUUAAAGUGAAAACCCUGCGGCUUGUUGACCUUCAUUGCCUCAGCUAGAGCACCGCACUCAAACAAGCAGAUCUGCAGCUUCUAGAAAAGUGUCCUUUCGCAGAAAAGUCAAUGAGCUGUAAAGUGAAGACCGCCAUGCUUUCUGCACAGAGGAGCUGGUGAAUGUGUGUGUGGGUGUCAAGUGCUCAAACUCCACUUUCCAAAUUCACAGUGUGCCUUUGAGGAUUAAAGAAGACUACAGUCACAUGCUACAGUCCCUAGAGUCCAAGUGCACUUUAUGUUCACAGUGUAGCAGUGCCAUUUUGUAUGCUAGCACUUUUUUUUCACUUAAUUUCAGCUCAGGGAUGUGAGGAUUUAAGAGGUCAUUUAUAAUUUAGUGACCAAAACAUUGAACAUACUGUGAACAUGCUAUGCAAAUACCUGAGACAAUUUUCCUAACUAAACACAUCUGGCAACACAGGGUGCCUUGAAGUGGACUAACAUUGUAUUUGAAUUUCUGUUUUAAACAAAGUUGGAUAUGUAUCAUGUCUUUAUUUAACUGUAACUAGACUGUUUUCUAUUAAACAUAAUGGUGAAAUCUGGUCUGGUGAAAUCUACAGGAUAUCUGGAAAAAGAUUACUGCUCCAGAUCAUUUAUCUUUAUACUCAAAUAUUUUACUUGAAUAGAAUUCAGUCAAAAAGGGGAAUUGGUGGCUUUUACAUAUAUACUUUAUUGAUUUGCAAAGAUGUUUUUUAUAAAUGUUAUGGUUUGUUUUUAGUUUUUUAGUAAACUUACAUUGACCAAGAGUCAUUUGAACCUA